AAAUUUUUCAUCAAAUCGCGCGCCAAAAUAUUUCCUAAAAUAAAACCGCGAUGCAAUAAAAGCCCUAAUUUCUACAAAACCCUAAAAUCCCUCCAAUUCCUCUUCAUUCGUUUUCAUCAAUUUCCCCAAAUUCGAGUCUCAUCUUGAGAUUAACAUCAACAAAGAAAAGGUUGAAGAAGAUGUUUUACUCUCAGACGUUUUUGGCGCGAAAAGGACGGCUCUCAACUGUUUGGAUUGCUGCUCAUCUUCAACACAGACUCAAGAAAUCUCAAUGCACUUCUACUGAUAUCCCUUCCACCGUUCAACAUAUAAUGGAUCCCGGGGUUCCCAUUGCAUUGAGAAUGUCAGCUCACCUACUCUUAGGUGUUGUUCGCAUUUAUUCGAAGAAAGUUGAUUAUCUUCUCAAUGAUUGCAAUAUUGUUCGUACUGUUUUGUAUAAAGUAUUUGCUGCCGUGUCAAAUCAUACUCUACCUGAGGGUGGGAUGCAAGCACCUCUUCAUACUAUCACCAUGCCAGCCACUUUUGACCUUGAUGCGCUUAACUUGAGCUAUGAAAUGGAUGUUCAUGGGUAUGAGGAUCAUCACAUGAAGAGUCUUGAAGAUAUUACUCUUGCAGAUCAAAAUCCUACUGUACUGGAAAAUUAUGUGACUAUACGUUUUGAUGAGGACACAACAUUUAGUUCUCCCAACACACAACUGCUUCCGGAUUCUGAUGCAAGACCAAUAGAAGAAGACAUUAUUCCUCAAUCUCCAUUGACAAACGGAGCAGAUUUUCAAGAUGUUGGUCCAAGUUUCCAUACAGAGUCACAUGCUACCGAUCAUACAGGUGAUGAUAACAUACGUAGCUUUCUGGAUCCCAUUACAGAACCGGCAACACCAGUUGAGACUAAUCGUGAUGCCCCCAAUGAUUAUGGUGCUAUUGGAGAUCUACAAAACAGUGGGUAUAAUGAUACCGAACUCACCAAAGAUCUCAACCAAAAUGUCAAUGAAAAGGAUCAGAUUCUUGAAAUGGUUGAUGAGACCCGUGUUGAACCCUCGUCAGUUCAACCAACACGUCCACUAACUCCAGCUGCUUAUCGAGAUGGUGGCUCAGAUUCACACGAUUAUGGAGGGCUAAAUUCUGAACCAACUUUAGGGCAAGAUUCUCCCGAUGUUAGGGUUAUUUCCAGUGCUCAAAUAGAGCAGGUACAGGAUCAGAGGCAACAAAGAGGAAGGAAGAGAAAACAAUUCUUUGAUGAUCCCAUAGUGUUAACAAAUAGAUUCAUGAGGGAAAACCUUAAUAAUACUCACAAUAUACUGCGGAAGAGAAAAGACGGCCCUUCCUCUCCUCUGGAUACAUGGAAGCUGAAAAACAAACGAUUAAAGAAGAAUAUUUUUGACCAACCUUUAUUUACAGGAGUAUGCAAUGAACUUAUAAACAUACACAAUAGGGAAUAUAUAUGUUCAAAACCCCACUUGGUCAUCUCUGAGGAAGAUCAUAUGGAUAGUACUACUAGUACUUCUCCAAUUAAUCAAAUUGUUGACGAGCCAAUACCGGAUGUAUCUGAGGUUGUUGUUAAUGAACCUGAGAUUAUUGAUAAUGCACCUGAGGGUAUCAUUAAUGAGCCAAUAGCCGUGGAACACGGCCGUUCCGUUGCUAAUGCUGCUCCUACUACUCAGAAUAUAGACACUGAACCCAUUAUUGAAGGUACUAACAAGAGUCCUGUUAACGGAAAUGGUGCGACACCUUUACUUUCUGAGGCAUGGGAGAUACCAUAUGGUGCAAAUUCACCUCCUGCUCAUAUAUCCGAAAUUGGAAGCCCUAGCACUUGUCAAGAUGACACAUUUCAGAACUAUGACAUUGCAGACUUUACAGAUACUAAUCUACGGAACGAUUCUGCUGAAAUAGGGGAGUUUUCGUUUCUUGAAGAAGAGAACAACAACACACCGGUCACUGCCAGUUCACAAAGCACAAGCACAUCAAGUAUUGGCACAUUGACUGGAAGGACUAGGGGUCUAGCUCGAUAUUUAAAAGACUAUUCUCCAUGUACUCCGAUUCCGGAGCAGCCUGCUGAGGAUUUUAGCUUGAACAAGAUGUUGGAAGGAAAAACUAGAAAGAUUGCUGCUCGGAUGUUCUUUGAAGUUUUGGUGUUAAAGACUCAUGAUCUUAUUGAUGUAAAUCAAGAGGAGCCUUAUGGUGAUGUCAGCUUCAAAUUGACUCCAACACUUUUAAAUGCUAAAAUUUGAUAUUUUUCUGUUAUCUAUUGUACAUUACCUGUGUAUUUAUUGCUUUUUGAGACUGAUUUGUAGAAGGAAAAACUUGUUUUCGUUUGGAAUAAUGAGAAGUAUAUAUUUUCUUAA